AUCGUUACAUAGGUCUCGCCAUGACGGAUCAAGAUCUUAAACUGAAUUUUGAUACGAUGGACCCAAAUGAUUUCAAGGACUUCGCUAAAGCGAUGUCAGAUUACAUAGUGGAAUAUUUGGAAAACAUCAGAGAGAGGCAAGUAGUACCAUCUGUAAAGCCGGGUUACUUACGACCUCUGGUGCCGGAGCAGCCGCCGCAGCAAGCUGAGCCGUGGACAGCCGUAAUGGCGGACAUCGAGCGUGUGGUCAUGUCCGGCGUGACGCAUUGGCACUCACCGCGAUUCCAUGCCUACUUCCCCACGGCACAGUCCUACCCAGCAAUCGUGGCUGAUAUGCUCAGCGGCGCUAUUGCUUGCAUAGGCUUUACUUGGAUAGCGAGUCCUGCAUGCACAGAAUUAGAAGUUGUGAUGUUGGAUUGGCUGGGCCAAAUGUUAGGUUUGCCCGAUGCCUUCCUGGCGCGAUCUGGUGGCGAAGGAGGUGGCGUUAUCCAAGGCACCGCCAGCGAAGCUACAUUGGUCGCUCUUCUCGGAGCCAAAGCUCGCACCAUACAACGCCUUAAGGAACAACACCCUGAAUGGACCGAGACAGACAUUCUUGCUAAACUUGUGGGUUAUUGCAGCAAGCAAGCACAUUCGUCAGUUGAGCGCGCUGGUCUAUUGGGAGGAGUAAAACUGCGGUCUGUGAAAACGGACGGUAAGAGACGUUUACGUGGUGACAUGCUUCGUGAAGUCAUCGAAGAAGAUAUUCGCAACGGACUUAUUCCUUUUUACGUGGUGGCUACAUUGGGCACAACAUCGUCGUGUACCUUUGACGCUUUGGACGAAAUUGGUGAUGCAUGUAAUGAACAUAACAUAUGGUUGCACAUCGAUGCUGCAUACGCAGGAUCUGCAUUUAUUUGCCCUGAGUACCGUUACCUUAUGAAAGGUGUUGAAAAGGCAGAUUCAUUUGAUUUCAACCCUCACAAGUGGAUGCUGGUUAAUUUUGACUGUUCCGCGCUCUGGCUAAAGGAACCGCGAUGGAUCGUGGAUGCGUUCAAUGUAGAUCCUCUUUAUUUGAAACAUGACAUGCAAGGAGCUGUACCUGAUUAUCGUCACUGGCAAAUUCCACUUGGGCGUCGUUUCAGAGCAUUGAAGUUAUGGUUUGUAUUGAGGCUCUAUGGAGUAGAAAAUCUCCAAAAGCAUAUCAGGAAACAUAUUGCUCUGGCUCAUCUUUUCGAGAAUUUGUGCACUUCGGAUGAGAGGUUUGAAUUGUUUGAAGAGGUGACAAUGGGACUCGUAUGCUUCAGGGUGAAAGGAAGUAAUGAACUGAAUGAAGCGUUGCUUAGACGAAUUAACGGUCGCGGAAAAAUUCACCUCGUUCCAUCUAAGAUAGACGAUGUCUAUUUCCUAAGAUUGGCCAUAUGUUCGCGUUUCACUGAAGAGAAAGAUAUUCACAUAUCUUGGGAAGAAAUUAAAACAUCGGCCGAUGAAGUACUCAGAACUAGCACCAAGUAAUAAAUUUUGUGGGAGAGGAUACAUUGUAUAAAAUAUUUGAAAUUUAUUAUUUAUUUUAGAAUCUAUCUUCAUGUACUAAUAAUUAUUGUUAUUGUUAUAUACAAUCAUAAUCUCUAUUUACAUAAGUGAAUGUCCAUAUUUAUUUGAAUGAGAAAAUAUACAAAUGUAUACAAGUCUAGUAUGAAUAUAAUUGUGAUAUUGUUUAUGUGUAUUUUAAAGUUGACGAAAAAUAAUAUUUAGUAAAUAAGCAUGUAAAAUAUUGGACCAGUUGUUAGAUAUUAUAUUGACAAUAAAUUCGUUUUGAAAAAAAAAAAUUAAACAGCUAUUAGCAUUCUAACCGCGAAA